AUGUAUGUAGAUACUGUUGCUCUUGCAAGUCGUCUAGAUGGACUUCCACUGGCAAUCGUCAUUGCCGGGGCGUUUAUGCGUGAAACUGGAACCAGCAUCACUGAUUACUUGCAUGAUUACCAAGAAUCUUGGUCUGAGCUACAGCUGCAAUCAAAUCCUGAACGCCAGUACCAACAAGGUAACAUGCUACAAACAUGGAUGAUCUCAUAUCAUGAGAUUCAGAAACGGGACCCGCACGCAGCAAAAUUGCUCCUUUUACUUGCACACUUCGAUAAUCGAGAUAUCUGGUAUGAAUUGAUAAAAAGCAGCCAGCAUAGCUCAAAUGCUCCUGCUUGGCUUGAAAAAAUUAUAUCAAAGGGACUCGCGUUUAGAACCGGCGUCAAAACUCUCGUCGGGUUCUCUCUACUUGAGACCACAGAACAAGGAGGAAGUUAUACGAUGCACCCAGUGGUACAAGACUACACAGACAGAAAUGUGGAUUCGACCCAGCUAAAUAGACUAGCACUAAUAUCUAUUGGAUACACUGUUCUAAGUUCAAGUGACCGAAAUUAUGCGGGCCUUCAGCAACGCCUUAUUCCACACGCGAAUCAUGUACUUCAUGGGAAUUGGUCACGUGAAAACGUCGAUAACGAAGUAUGGGGAGCAUUAACUCAAUUAGGGAACCUCUACUCUGAUCAGGGGAAGCUGAAGGAGGCAGAGGAGAUGUACCAGCGAGUACUGGCAGGCAGAGAGAAAGCCCUCGGUCCCGAUCAUACGUCCACCCUUAAUAUAGUCCACAACCUUGGUGUUCUCUACUCUGAUCAGGGGAAGCUAAAGGAGGCAGAGGAGAUGUACCAGCGAGUACUGGCAGGCAGAGAGAAAGCCCUCGGUCCCGAUCAUACGUCCACCCUUGAUACAGUGAACAGCCUUAGUGCUCUCUAUAGAAAUCAGGGUAAGCUAAAGGAGGCAGAGGAGAUGUACCAGCGAGCACUCGCAGGCUACGAGAAGGCCCUCGGUCCACAUCACAGGAAGACGAGUUGGGUUAAAAAAAGAUUAGGGCGCCUCUCUCACAUGGCGAUUAUACGUCCAUCAACCGAUAAUAACACCUAUAUCCUUGGAAACAUCGGAGAGCAUAACAUCGUCAUUGCCUAUCUACUAGGAGGCGCAUAUGGCAUCGUAUUAGCUGCAACAGUGGCGAUGCAUUUACUGUCGAGCUUCCACUCUAUCCGCUUCGGUCUGAUGGUUGGUAUUGGUGGCGGUGUACCAAGUAGCAACGCAGACAUUCGACUUGGCGAUAUUGUGGUGAGCCAGCCAAGAGAGACAUCUGGAGGCGUGAUCUAA